UCUCACAGGAAAUUCUCCGCUCCCAGACAUGGAUCCUUAGGCUUCUUGCCUCGAAAGCGUAGCAGCAGGCAUCGAGGGAAGGUGAAGAGCUUCCCAAAGGAUGACCCUUCAAAGCCUGUCCACCUCACAGCSUUUUUGGGCUAUAAGGCUGGCAUGACUCACAUUGUCCGGGAAGUUGAUAGGCCAGGAUCCAAGGUGAACAAGAAGGAGGUUGUGGAGGCUGUGACCAUAGUGGAGACACCGCCCAUGGUGGUUGUAGGCAUUGUGGGCUACGUGGAAACCCCUAGAGGCCUCCGAACCUUCAAGACCAUCUUUGCUGAGCAUAUCAGUGAUGAGUGCAAAAGGCGCUUCUAUAAGAACUGCUCCGCUCGGCUCUGCCCGAUGAGCUUCAUCCAGGCUCCGCUUGCCGGUGGAAAAGGCUCCUUAGAAGCCGGCAAUGAGCCCCAUCCCCUGGUGGUGCCAGUAUGCCUUCCGCUCACCCCUCGAGGGUGAUGAAGGUCUGCGCCCGGCCCCUUCCCCAACUCUGCUCUGCUCCUGAAGGCAUAAAUCUAAGAAGAAGGCCUUUACCAAAUACUGCAAGAAGUGGCAGGAUGACAUGGGCAAGAAGCAACUGGAGAAGGACUUCAAYAGCAUGAAGAAAUAUUGCCAGGUCAUCCGUAUUAUCGCCCACACCCAGAUGCGGCUGCUUCCUCUGCGCCAGAAGAAAGCCCACCUGAUGGAGAUCCAGGUGAAUGGAGGCACCGUGGCUGAGAAACUGGACUGGGCCCGGGAGAGGCUAGAGCAGCAGGUCCCAGUGAACCAGGUGUUUGGGCAGGAUGAGAUGAUUGACGUCAUAGGAGUGACCAAGGGCAAAGGCUACAAAGGGGUCACCAGUCGCUGGCACACCAAGAAGCUUCCCCGCAAGACCCACCGAGGGCUGCGGAAGGUUGCCUGUAUUGGAGCCUGGCAUCCUGCCCGUGUGGCCUUCUCUGUGGCUCGGGCUGGCCAGAAAGGCUACCAUCACCGCACCGAGAUCAACAAGAAGAUCUAUAAGAUUGGCCAGGGCUACCUCAUCAAGGAUGGCAAACUAAUCAAGAAUAAUGCUUCCACUGACUACGACCUGUCUGACAAGAGCAUCAACCCUCUGGGUGGUUUUGUCCACUAUGGUGAAGUGACCAAUGACUUCGUCAUGCUGAAAGGCUGUGUGGUGGGGACCAAGAAGCGGGUGCUCACUCUCCGCAAGUCCUUGCUGGUACAGACCAAACGGCGCGCUCUGGAGAAGAUUGACCUUAAGUUCAUCGACACCACCUCCAAGUUUGGCCAUGGCCGCUUCCAGACCAUGGAGGAGAAGAAAGCAUUCAUGGGACCACUUAAGAAAGACCGCAUUGCCAAGGAGGAAGGUGCUUGAUGUCUGGAUCCUAAGCAGCUGGCUGUGGCCAAUAAAGCUUUUUAGUGACA